ACUCUGGGUGUUUCCAAUCUUGAUUUUUUUUUUUUUCCCUAAGAAACAAAAUCGAUAAUGUAACAUUUAAGAUAUGAUGGCUGGCUGCGUUUUAUUUUUAUAAGCAAAAUAUUUAGGUGAACACUGUGAAGCUGCAAAGAAAAGGCACUGCAAUCCGCAAUCAUUGCUGCUGCACCGCUACAUAGUACAUAGUGCAUCCUGAGCAGGGAGGAAGCAGGCACACGCGUUAUGUACACUCCACGUCUUGGAGGUUUCAUUGUCCGGCUUGGGCUGGGCAAGGUGUUUAUGAGAUGACUGUCGGAGCUGCAGCAGCAGGUAGGUAAGAAGCUGCCUGACGUGCCCUCAGUGAGACAGCGGUAGGCUGCUGCUGCUGUUGCUGGGAGAGACUGUGCCGCUGCGACAGGGGAGGAUGAAGCCAGCAGCUGAAGGAGCCUCACAGCGCAUGCGUCGUCCGAGCCACUGACUAUAUUCUCAGGCAAGGUACCUAAGAAGAAAAAAAAUCAGCAUUUUAUAUAAAGAAGAAGCCACCGGAAAAAAAAAUACUCUUGUCAGGAUAUUUAGCAACAACAGAUCUCUUGACAGCAUGACACAUCAGAAGGAAGAAAGCGCAGAAUGUGUGCCUAGACGCAAGAUCACUUGUUUUUGUGGAUUACAUUUGCAGUAAAAUGUAUGGAUCUAUCUUGUGCUUGCCCUUGUAUAUAGACCAUGAGACUUGACUGAAGCAAUAAUAUAUAUCCUCCAUCUAUGGCGAACGAUAGCCAUGCAGCUGACAACAUUCUGCAAAAUGUGUCUCCUUUAACAGCAUUUUUGAAGCUGACAUCAUUGGGCUUUAUUAUAGGAGUCAGUGUGGUGGGUAACCUUCUUAUCUCAAUUUUGCUUGUCAAAGAUAAGACCUUACACAGAGCUCCUUACUACUUCCUGUUGGAUUUGUGCUGCUCAGAUAUCCUGAGAUCUGCUAUUUGUUUUCCUUUUGUAUUCACCUCAGUGAAGAAUGGCUCAACUUGGACUUAUGGGGCUCUUACAUGCAAAGUGAUUGCCUUCCUUGGGGUGUUGUCCUGUUUUCACACUGCAUUCAUGUUAUUUUGUAUAAGUGUUACCAGAUACUUAGCUAUAGCCCACCAUCGGUUUUAUACGAAAAGGUUGACAUUUUGGACUUGCUUGGCAGUAAUUUGCAUGGUAUGGACCUUAUCUGUAGCUAUGGCCUUUCCGCCAGUAUUAGAUGUUGGCACCUACUCCUUUAUUAGAGAAGAAGACCAAUGCACAUUUCAGCAUCGAUCCUUCAGGGCCAACGACUCCUUGGGAUUUAUGUUACUUCUUGCUCUCAUUCUUCUAGCUACACAGCUUGUCUACCUCAAGCUGAUAUUUUUUGUUCAUGAUCGAAGGAAAAUGAAGCCAGUCCAGUUUGUAGCAGCAGUAAGUCAGAAUUGGACUUUUCAUGGUCCUGGAGCCAGCGGUCAAGCAGCAGCUAAUUGGCUUGCGGGCUUUGGAAGGGGUCCCACACCACCCACCUUACUUGGAAUAAGGCAAAAUGCAAAUACCACAGGCAGGAGGAGGCUACUGGUUCUAGAUGAAUUCAAAAUGGAAAAAAGAAUCAGUAGAAUGUUCUAUAUUAUGACAUUCCUUUUCCUGACCUUGUGGGGGCCCUACUUGGUAGCUUGUUACUGGAGAGUUUUUGCAAGAGGUCCUGUGGUACCAGGAGGAUUUCUAACAGCAGCUGUCUGGAUGAGUUUCGCCCAAGCUGGAAUCAAUCCUUUUGUCUGCAUUUUCUCAAACAGGGAGCUGAGGCGCUGUUUCAGCACAACCCUUCUUUACUGCAGAAAAUCCAGGUUACCAAGGGAACCUUACUGUGUUAUAUGAGGGAGCAUCUGCAAAAUCUUUAGCCUUGUGAAACACUAUCCUUCUCUGCUAAGCAAUUGUGGCCUGUAGCCAUGUCUUGAGAAGAAGAUCAAGAAUGGAGCGUUAGUAGCAUUGUGCACACUUUGCAUAGCGCACCUGUAAUCCUAUUUUAACCUAAAGUGUUCCUGAUGGCCACCAGGGAAGGUUUGUAAUUGGAAAUAAAGGACUGAACCACAGUUUUUAUUGUGUUUCUGUGGUUGAAAGUUAGAUCUUGGAAAUGACAGGUGCUAGGAACCACUGCUGUGAAUGCUGUGUAUAUCACCACAUAUAAACAAGAACAUCCAGAAAGGUUAGCAUUGGACAUCUUAAUAAAUUGAAUUGAGGUAAAUGUGUUAAUAAACAUGCUUUUAAGAGUUUAAAGACUCUUUGAAUAUUUCAUACAGUUUGGGGUUUGCAAAGAUUGACAAAUGGGAAUGAAGUACUGUAACUGAUAAAGGAUGUGCCAUGCAUUACUGGAUUAUCUUACUGAGAGAUUUUGUUACCCUGUAGUCAGUGUUGGGGAGCAUUCCAAAGCAGUAUUUUUGGUUAAAAUUAUAUUCUACUUUUUCAAAUAUUCUUUCUAUAAAAAGGAGGUUUUCUUUAACAGUGAAACAUGCAUUUAAAUGUAUUUUGUGUUUCUUUUUCCUUUAAUUUGGCAAAUAUUGAUUUAAGUCUUGUUUAAAAUAAAGCCUAGAUAUGAAUCUGUUUGGCAACGUAAUAUUCAAUUUGCGGUAUUAAAAGAUCUACAUAUGGAGCACUCAUAAUAAUACAGAAUAAAUACAUGUUGCCUUAAUGGGUUAUCUAGUAUCUUCCAUUUUGUUUAACCUUGAAUUAAACCAAUUCAAUCAGUAACUGGUCAGUCAUUUGGGAGUGCAUGAAAGAAUGCUUCAAUCACCUCUUUCUUUGAACUCCUAUUGUUCCUAAAAUCAGUAUGCACAUUACCUGGGUGUGUGAUCAGCUUCCCAGAUGUGCUGCAUAUUUUGAUUCACCAGAAGAAACACAGGCAGUGGAGUAUAUUUAUAUUUUAAGCUGUCUUGGAGAGACUAAAGCCUUAGUAUUAUAAUUGCACAAUUUGUGAAGCAUUUAUUCUACUGAAGGCACAGUCUUGUUUAUACUUUCUGCACAUUUUGGUGUAUUGGUUGUUUCAAUUAUUUUAUUUUCAUUCUUGUACAAAACAUAUACUUUUUAGUAUUUUAGAAUAACAUUAUAGUCUGUGAGUCCUUCAUUCUUUAAGAUACAGAUGUGUGUGAAAUUUAAAUAUAAAGUUGCAUUUGCCAAACUUUUCCUGUGUAGCUUGUUAAUUUUUUCUGGAAUAAAAUUUUACAUUUUUCCAGUUCGGCAACUAACCUUAUUUUUUUUCCUGCUUUGUUUAGUGGUCUGGAAUGAAAUAGUGAGAGUGUGAAUAUGGAUUUCUCUUUUUAGUAAUUACUGUGUUUGCAAACUGUAAAUUCAUGAUUGAUGGUCACUGCAUACAGUUUUUAUAUUUACAAUUUCGAGUUGCAUUGCUUUAUAUAUACUGUAUGACCAAUAAUCCUUCUGGAGUGAUGGCAAUUUUUUUGUGGUAU